AUGCCCGGCAAAAUAAUUGAUAGAUACGACCAUGUUCCAGUAACCAAAGAGGACUUGGAUUGGGCGGAUCUAGUCACUCUCGACUUGAGCCAGUUCGAGCAGCCAGGUGGUAAAGAGUCGCUCGUCAAACAGCUGGAUCAUGCUGUGCGGAAUGUUGGCUUCUUCUACGUGAAGAACUUUAACAUCAGUCAAGAGGAAGUGGAUCGCCAGUUUGCCCUCGGUCGCGAAUUUUAUGCCCUUCCGUUGGAGGAGAAACUCAAAUAUCAUAAUGCCGAUGACCUCGCUAAGGGGGAGUACAACGGCUACAGGCCUGCUGGGCACCGCAUAAUGGGGAAUGGCGUGAAAGAUAAUGUUCAGGUGUAUAACAUCCCCAAGUUCGACGGCUAUCACAACCGCCAACAGCCUCAGGUUGUGGCUGAUAAUAUACAGGAAGUCGAAACAUUCAGUCGGAAAUGCCAUACCGAAGUAGUAGAGAAGCUGCUUCGGCUUUUCGCUAUUCUUCUCGAGUUACCCGACGAGGACCAAUUAGUUCGAGACCACCAGUAUGACGUUAAGGGCGAGGAUCAUCUGCGCUACAUGCACUACAGUGCUCGCAGCGUAGAAGAGAACAAGAAAGUCAGCGGCCUAUACAGCGCCGGCCACACUGACUUAGGAUCAAUCACGUUACUCUUCCGUCAACCCGUUGCGGCUCUCCAAAUUCUGAAUUCUCAAGGGGAAUGGAAAUGGGUUCGCCCGCAAGACGGAACCAUCACCAUCAAUACCUGUGAUGCACUCACAGCGUUGACGGGAGGUUUGAUCAAGUCCAGUAUCCACCGCGUCCAUGCACCACCAGCGGAUCAAGCCCAUGUGGAUCGUCUAGGUGUCCUGUACUUUGCUCGACCCAACAACCACGUCAUCCUCGACCCUAUUAGCAAUAGUCCUCUUCUCAAUCGUCUUGGACUCCACGAUAAUGAAUUGACUAGGCUCGGCCAGCAUCUUACUAUGGAAGAGUGGGUCAAGGUCCGACAGACGCAGCAGCAGCGUCGGGUCAAAGACGUCAAGAUCUCGGAGGAUGGCAAGUUCACACAUGGAGAGAAGGACCUCGAGAUUCUCCCCGGGCUUAAUGCUAAGGUCUAUAGCUAA